GUGCACCAUCCAUGAGCGACAUAUCAAAGUUGGCGGCCGCUGCCCUUGCGAGGCGCGCGGACACUAGCAGCUAUGAUCGUGGCGACAUGGCCUUCAUCAUCGUCGCUGGUGGGAUGGUCUCGCUGAUGGUGCCGGGACUGGCCUUCCUCUAUGGCGGGCUCUCCCGGAGGAAAAGCGCCCUCCACCUCAUGUGGUGUGUCGCUGCGAGCAACGCGAUCACCAUCUUCCAGUGGUACUUCUGGGGUUACUCCCUCGCCUUCUCCCCCACCGCGACGAACGGCUUCAUCGGCAACCUCCGCUCCUUCGCUCUCAUGGAGGUCCUCGACGGAGCCUCCCCCGGCUCGCCCCUCCUCCCCGAGCUCCUAUACAGCUUUUUCCAGAUGGAGUUUGCCUGCGUCACCGUCGCCAUCCUUAUGGGCGCGGUCGCCGAGCGUGGGCGUGUGCUACCCGCUAUGCUCUUCGCCUUCCUGUGGCUCACGAUCGUUUACUGCCCGCUUACAUGCUGGAUAUGGAAUCCGAACGGCUGGGCAUUCAAGUACGGCGUGCUAGACUUUGCUGGUGGUGGGCCCGUCGAAAUCGGCUCAGGUGUCGGUGGUCUCGCGUAUUCAUGGGUCCUCGGACGCCGCCGGGAAUCCGAGUUGAUCAACUUCCGUCCGCACAACGUCUCCUUCGUCGGUCUAGGCACCUUCAUCCUCUGGUUCGGGUGGCUCGGAUUCAAUGGUGGUAGCGCGUUCGGCGCGAACUUGCGCGCGAUCAUGGCGAUUUGGAAUACUAUGAUCAGCGCAGCGUUCAGCGGGGCGGUCUGGUGCUUGAUGGAUUACAGGGCGUCGCGCAGUUGGAGCAUGGUGGGCUUCUGCUCAGGUACCAUCGCGGGCCUCGUCGCUGCCACCCCUGCCUCGGGGUUUAUCCACCCCUGGGGCGCCCUCAUCCUUGGUGUCUUGUCCGGCGCGAUCUGUAACUUGAGCACCAAGCUCAAAUUCCUCUUUCGCAUGGACGACGCGCUCGACCUCUUCGCUGAGCACGCCAUGGGCGGCAUCAUCGGCCUCAUCUUUAACGCCCUCUUUGGCGCGGGCUCCAUCAUCGCUCUCGACGAGGUCAACACGUCGAUGCCCGGAGGCUGGCUCGACCAUAAUUGGAAGCAGCUGUACAUUCAGAUCGCGUAUGUGGUGGCGGCAACGGCGUACACCUUCGUUGUCACCGCGUUUUUGGCGAAGGUGCUGGAUAUGAUUCCGGGCCUGCAGCUGAGGAGUUCAGAGGAGAGCGAGGUGCUGGGGAUGGAUGAGAGUCAGAUUGGCGAGUUCGCGACCGACUAUGUGGAGGUCGCGCGGCACUAUCUCGACGGCUACUUCCCUUCACCGACGGUGCAGUCGGAGAAGGCGCCUGUCGCUGCGGGCGACCGGCACGGUGUUCCGGAGACGGGCUUGCACCAGCGGCAUCCUGUGCUCGACGGUGCGGCGACGCGGAGAGAGGAGAACGGACACGGUGCUUCGGCCAGCGGGAGCUCAGUGAUAGAGGAGAAGGCGACCGAGGGCUUCGUGACGGCCGGCGCGAGGCAUGGCCAGCCAGAGGUAUGAGGUGGGAUCAUUAUUCAACGAUCGUUGGGUGGACGAGGUGGGGAUGUGGGCGGGUGAGCAUGAUGGACGAAUUUGCACACAGCGCAUAUCGCGCGCUACCCAAAAGGCGGAUUUAUAUUGUCGGCCAAGGUGGAUUUAUACUGUUAGCCGAGGAAGAUAUACAGAGAGCGCACACACCAUAUUAUAGAGUGCAUACUACCCUGUUAGCUACCGGUGCGAUGAUGUAUGUGUUGUAAUCUGUCGGUGUAUCCAGUACGUUGAUGUUUC